AUGGAUCAGCGAAGUACUUCUCAGCUCCAGGUGUUUGUAAACAGGUGUCUCAGACGUAUAAUGAGAGUGUUCUGGCCAAACACUAUAUCAAAUGAACAGCUUUGGGAGGCAACAGGGCAAACCAAGAUCAGCCUAGAAAUCAGAAGACGGAAGUGGAGGUGGCUGGGUCACACUCUUCGGAAGACGGAUGGUGCAAUUGAAAAGAAGGCCCUGGAAUGGAAUCCCCAAGGGACAAGAAAGAGAGGAAGACCCUGUGACACCUGGAGGAGAACAAUAAUGAAGGAAGCCUCGAGUGUCGGGAGGACCUGGGGUCAACUGAGGGAUCUGGCGCAAGACAGGGAUGGAUGGCGAGCUCUUCUCGAUGCCCUAUGCUCCCGCUAA